UCUCAGAAGCUAAACAAUGUCUUCUUACGGUUACGAUUACCAACCCAGAGCUCCAAUGGAAGUCAAAGUCACCAUCUCCUCCGCCAGAGAUCUCAAGAAUAUCAACUGGCGUCACGGCCCUCUCAAGCCCUACGCCGUCGUCUGGGUCGAUCCCAAAGCCAAGUUCUCCACUCCCGUCGACAAUGAAGGUGACACAUGUCCCAAUUGGAACGAGACACUUGUCAUUCCUCUCAUCGUUCCGAUCGACGAAGCCACCCUCUACAUCGACAUCGUUCAAGCCAACGCCGCCGAAGACACCAAACCCUUGAUCGGUUCCGCGCGGGUCCCACUCAGGGAGAUCGUUGAUGAUGUCGGCGUUGGCGAAUCGGCUUUCCGUACUCUCCAGCUCCGGCGACCAUCGGGCCGUCCCCAUGGCAAGGUAGAGGCGAAAAUCGUGGUGGUCGACACUCGCUAUCGUGCACCGGAUCCAUAUUACGCACCUUCUUAUGGCGUUCCACCCCCAGCCGCUUCCGCUUCUUCUCGGGACUACUCAGCCCCCUACGGUUACCCGUAUUCCUCUCAACCGCCUUAUGCGGCGGCGCCUCCACCGGGUGAAUAUGCUCCGGCGUACGGUCAAUCUCAGGCAUACGGUCAAACUCAGGCUUACGGUCAACAGCCGGCGUAUGGUUAUGGCGGCGGAUCUGUGGAGGAGAAGAAAAAGAGUAAGUUUGGUGGGAUGGGAACGGGAUUGGCUGUGGGUGCAGUUGCAGGUGUGUUGGGUGGGAUAGCAUUGGUGGAGGGAGCAGAAUACGUGGAGGACAAGAUCACCGAUGACGUGGCAGAGAAGGUCGAGGAUGAUCUACGCUAUGAUGACGAUGAUGAUGGUGGGUUUGGUGGUGAUGACUUCUAAAAUGCGCACUGAGUGGUGUGAUCACAAAGUUUUUUUUUUUUUUUUUUUUGAAAUAAUCUGGGUUGUUGACUUGUUUGAUUUCUGGCUAGGAAGGAUGAAUAAUUUGUCCUGCCAUAAGGGAUGAUCUUAGAAUUGGAUU